UAAGAUGGCGGCGGGGCGGCCCUCUGCCUUGACUUCCGGCAGCAGCCUCUAUGCCGCUGCUGCUGCUGCCACCUGCCAGGCUCUGAGGCGGCCGAGCAAGAUGGCGGCGGCCGGGGCCGGCUCUCCCAGCAUCGUCGAGUACUUCGGGGGCGACGGCGGCUACCGUUGCGGCUACUGCAAGGACGACACCGGCAACCUCUCCCACGGGAUGUGGGCUCAUUCACUAACUGUUCAAGAUUACCAAGACCUUCUAGACAGAGGAUGGCGAAGGAGUGGAAAAUAUGUUUACAAGCCCACUAUGAACCAGACGUUUCCUCAGUAUACAAUAAGAGGCCAGGCUUUACAUUUUCAGCCGGCCAAUCUCAUAAGAAAGUUUUUAAAGAAGAUGUUGAAGUUCUUAACAAAAGGAGAGCUUGCUAAUUAGAUGGUGAAGGUGGAACCCAUGGAUUCUCAGACAAGAGCUGACGGCUGCAGUUUUCUGUUAAAAGAUGAACCAGAUACCAGCCAGUCUGAGCUAGAGCCCCAGAUUGAGUUAACAGAGAAAGUGGAGAGUGAAGAAGUAAAAGGCGUAAUAAGCUUAAAGAAAGUAGACAUUGAACAUAUGGAAUCAUGUAAUGAGAAAAUUCACCCACACUCCAAGCCAUUACAGUCAACGAAAAAAGUUGGUCAGGCAACUCCCAAGCCAGGCAAUGGAGCAGACUUGAGUAAACCACCCUGCCGUAAAGCCAAGGACAUACGGAGGGAACAAAAAUUGCAAAAGAGUAUUCAGAACAAAACACGAAACCCUGCAAUUCAAGAAGAGACUCAGAAUUUGCAUGGUCAAAGCUCUAAAACUAAAACAAACCAGCCAAAAUCAAUUGAAGAUUUCAUUUUUGCUAAAUUACCUUCUGAAGCUCUGCACCAGCUAGAGGUGAGGCUGGUGCAGUCAUCUCCACCAAGUUCCCAGUUCAAAGCCACAUUUCAGGAGUCUUACCAGGUCUAUAAACGUUACCAGAUGGUUAUUCACAAGGAUCCACCUGAUAAACCAACCACCAGUCAGGUGAGGUUAGUACCAGUUUCUCUUGAGGACCCACAGUUCAAAUCAUCUUUCACUCAGUCUGCCACAUUAUUUGCCAAGUAUCAGAUGGCCAUACACAAAGAUACUCCUUUUGAAUGUAACGAGAACCAGUUUACACGGUUCCUCUGUGAUUCUCCACUUGAGGCAGAAAAUCUACCUAAUGGUCCAGAUUGUGGCUAUGGUUCUUUCCACCAGCAGUAUUGGCUUGACGGAAAGAUAAUUGCUGUGGGUGUAAUUGACAUCCUUCCAAAGAGUGUCUCUUCUGUGUAUCUCUACUAUGAUCCUGAUUAUUCUUCUCUCUCUUUAGGAGUCUACUCUGCAUUAAGGGAAAUUGCUUUUACUAGGCAACUUCAUGAAAAGGCUCCUGACCUAAGCUAUUACUAUAUGGGAUUUUAUAUUCACUCAUGCCCUAAAAUGAGAUAUAAGGGGCAAUAUAGACCUUCUGAUUUAUUGUGUCCCGAAACCUAUGUUUGGGUACCAAUAGAGCAGUGCCUGCCUUCUCUAGAGCAUUCAAAAUAUUGUCGCUUCAAUCAGGACUUAACAGCAGGUGAUGAAGGGAAUGUGAAGGACCUAGAUCAAGUUCGGAUUCUCCAUAAGAGAACAACCAUGCCUUACAGUGUGUAUAAAAGAAGGCGGAAGGGACUGAGUGAUGAAGAAAGUGUUCGGCAAUACGCAACUCUAGUGGGACAAGGAUGUUCAGAACGAAUGCUGCUCUUUAGAAGCUGAAACGUUCCUUCUGUGGGUGUUUUCUGGAACCCUUAUUGCACUACUAGUGGAUUAUAUAACCUUGCAGGAUUUGUGUUGAUCUGCUUAUUGAAAAUACACAUUAAGUAUCUCUUUAUGCUUAAAAGAGAUUAAUAUGUUGCUAUAUCUUAAAAAACAAAUAGCAUUUUUAACAUUUUACAUCAGAGAUCUAGUAGAAUAUAACAAUCCUGUGUUCUUUUUUGGACUGAUUUCUUCCUUACAUUCUGUAAAAUGUGCAUGGUGUGAACUGAUAGGUACAUAUAUUUUUCUGAAGGGCCUUGAAGAUAAUCCAUUAGGGAGAAUAUUUAAAGUUGCCUGGGUGCUAAAAUGUGUGACACCUGUAGUGAAAUCUAUACAAUGCCCCAAAUUUUGUAUUACAGGAAGAUAAAAUGUGCAGAUGCAUGCAAGCAUUAUUUCAGAACCUAGUGAAACUAGGCUUCUUGGAAUUAAGCUUGUAUUUGUCCUACUGAAUCCAGUAGACUUGGCUUAUACAGUAGAAGGAAUGGGAACCAUGCAGCCCUCCAGAUGUUGUGGAUCUGGACGUCUCAGCACCUCUGGCCAUCAUAGCCAGUGAUUAGGAAUGUUGUGAAUUACAGUCCAACAACAUCUGGAAGGCUGUGAUAUGACAUCAAAUAAAGCCAUCAAAUGUCAUUCUAUGCACUGUAGCUUUUUAGGCUUUCACUGCAGUUCUUCUCAUGUUUGUUUAAUGUCUUGAAUUAUUGGGGGGGGGAUUUAGGAGAUUUUUAAAGUUGAUUUUUGUAGCUAAAUUGAUACAUUGGGAAUGAUUGGAAUUAAAGCCAAGGAUAGGUUUAUGGUUAAGCUACCAAAGAGAUUCAUUUAAAUAAGACAGUGGGCUGAAGUUACAUCUUGAUGUAUAUCACAGUUUUGCAUUAUAUAUAUAUCUCUGUGUUUGUGUGUUUUGAUAUUCUUAAUACCUGUUUUUGUUUAUUGCAAAAUCUUGAAAUUCCAUUUCAAAAAAACAAGUUAGUCUGAUGUAACAGAAUAUUGUUUUCCCAUAUUGAAAACACAGUUGUAGAGCUAUCUAACCAGCAUUGUCAAUGUCACAUGUUAGCUUUCCAAAUUUCAUUAAAAUUGCAAAACACACAGCUGUAAACCUCAA